UAAGCCCCGCCUUUCCGCGUCCCUUGCGGCGGGCGUCAGGCCCGGUCAGCGGAGUCUGCUCAAAGGGUUUGCGGCCAAGGGGUACUUCGCAGUUCUCCCGCCGCAGCCGCCGCUCGUCCGUGGGGAGAAGAUGGUGGGCCGGAACAGCGCCAUUGCCGCCGGCGUGUGCGGGGCCCUUUUCAUCGGGUACUGCAUUUACUUCGACCGCAAGAGACGAAGUGACCCCAACUUCAAGAACAGGCUGCGAGAACGAAGAAAGAAACAAAAGCUUGCUAAGGAGAGAGCUGGACUUUCCAAGUUACCUGACCUUAAAGAUGCUGAGGCUGUUCAGAAAUUCUUCCUCGAAGAAAUUCAGCUUGGUGAAGAGUUACUAGCUCAAGGUGAAUAUGAGAAGGGUGUAGACCAUCUGACAAAUGCCAUUGCUGUGUGUGGACAGCCACAGCAGUUACUGCAAGUGUUACAGCAAACUCUUCCACCACCAGUGUUCCAGAUGCUUCUGACUAAGCUCCCAACAAUUAGUCAGAGAAUUGUAAGUGCUCAGAGCUUGGCUGAAGAUGAUGUGGAGUGAGAAACAAAUGUCAACAUAAUCUCAAUUAAAAAUAUUUUUAAAUCUUAACUUGGAAGAUGAGCAGCUCUGGGGGAGUAAGGGCAAAUAAUGCUUGUUAUGGACUGUCCUACACUGAAAUCUACCAAAGUUAAUUUUUACUUUGUGUAGAUCUGUUUGUCUGUUUUAUUUAUUUUUCCCAGUGAAAAGUGUAUUUUGAUAGAGAGCCUUUCCCUUUUAUAAAUACACUAUGAGUUACUGAAACAUGGAUUUUGUUUAUUCCUGAGAUAUGCAUUUAGAAUGUAUAUGGAACAUUACACUGCUUUCAUUAAAAAUGCCUAGUCCUGGAGUUCCCUUGUAGUGUAGCAGGUUAUGGAUCCAGCAUUGUCACUGCAACAUUGUCACUGCAGUGGCUUGGGUUGCUGCCAUGAUAAAUGGGUUUGAUCCCUGGCUUGAGAACUUCCACAUGCCACGGGUUCAGAUUAAAAAACCCAAUGUUCAGCUUUGAAAGAGAGACCAUAAGUGGUGUAGAAAGCUGAAGAAUGAACUUAUUUUUUAAAAAGCUCCAAUACGCUUUUGCUGCACAUCAGAAAAUUGGAUGAAAACUUGAUUAUUUAUCAAAACUGAGCAUUAAAGUCUUUGAGAGAUUAUUUAUUUUCAUUUAAUCUCUUAAAUGUGUGAUAGGCUGCUGUGAUGUAACAACUUCACCCCUCCAUAUGUAUUAGCUUUUAAAUAUUUUGUUCAAUCAGUGGGCUUAAUGUAUUCAGAUGUUUUCCUGCCUGUGUUUUAGAUGUGUGUAUCAGCAGCCGGCAGCUAGGUCUGUGUACCCCUUCAGCCCUUCACCUACCUGGUGAGCUUUGCCGUUAGUCUGCCUACUGCCUGCCUCAUACAUGAAAUGAGGGGAUUGGUCUGCUGAUUGAGCUUCUAAUUCCUUUGCUUCUGUUCAACACUUCAGAUCAAAUCCCAUUUUUGGGGGAGACAUACUUGUUUGGGCAGCCAGCCCUUGCAUUUUUUUUUAUAUACUCUUGAAUUUUGCAUGCCUGCCUGGCUUAGUAUUUCUGAAUUGAUUUUUUUUUUCUUCUUUUUAUGGUAUAACUUAUGUUGAUUUUCACUGAAAUCAUGGUUCUGUCACUACUUUUGUAAAUUAAUCUGAAACUUAACCUUCAAGGUAACUGGGAUGAUAUGCUUGUAAAAGGAUUUGUUUGCCUUUGCUUUUAUAUUAAGUGUACCUCCUUAAUCCCUUUCCAGUAUGAUUUAUCUUGUUGUGAGAAUAAGGUGUAACCUUGUGGCUAAAGACUUGCAAAGAGUAAAGAUAGUGGGACCUUCUAUUCUCAAAACAGUGAAAUACUAUCUGCAGCCACAGAUUCACUGUCAGACUUGAGAAUAAAGAUUCUUGGUACUUAGUGGUAACAUUUGAAGUGAGCUGCAUUUCUCAUUGUACACAUUGCCUUUAUUCUGUCUAAAAGCCUGUGGAGAGACCCUCAAGAUUUUUUAGAUAUACUGGGUGUUUUGUUUUUCUUUAAAACAUUUCUUAACCACAGGGGUUUUGUGGUGGUUGUGAUAUGGUGGAAAAAAUUUGGAGCAUGGUUCUAUUUUCUGCGUCUGCAUAGCUACACAACCUUGGGCAAAUCCACAUUACUUCUCUGCUCUUAUUCCCACUAUUCUCAUCUAUAAAAUUAGAUUAUCAGACUAGGUCACUCAUACAUUUAAGGACUCUUCUUCAGGUUUGUGAUCCUGAACCCUUAAACUGCUUUUUUUUAGUGACAACCCCACAUGCUUUUUGGGGUGGGUGACCAGUACAAACGUGUUGGGGCAGAGAGCUUGGCAAGAGAGGAAGGGAGCCAGACAAACUAAGGGCCAGCUGGAGGAGUAUAAGGUGUCAACUUAGGAGGGAAUGAAGACUGUGUGUUCUUACAAACUGUAGUGCAGCCCACGCUGAGUAUCACUUAGCUUUCUGAGAAAUAAUCAGCUUUGCUUUAAUGCUUAUUGAAGAGGUAGUGAUGUCCUUACUUCAGAGCUGAUUGUGCCAAGUAUGCUUUAUUUAAAUAACAGCUCCGCUGCUUUAAAAUUAGGUACCACUUUUGAAAGCUAGCUGUGUUGUGUUAAGACGACCAGCACCAAAAAUGUUUUCCCCAUAUUCCCCUCAGACACGUAAUUGCUGAACACUAACGUUUUGCACAGUGAUGGAACCAGGUAGUAGUGGGGCUGUUGCCCAAAUGCUGCUCAACCCAAGAUCUGUGUAGAGUGAUAAUAGCUGGAUGUUCCUGUGUAGUAAUGGUGUGCACUUAAAUCUUUGGAAACGAAAUGUUUGUGCACAUUGGCAUGCUUCCUUGGACGUAGAUCUGUUGUUUGGUUACACAAUAUGAAAGAGCAUUUAGGAAGUCCUCUAGGUGGUUCAGUGGUUAAUGAACCUGACUAGGAUCCAUGAGGGCGCGGUUAAGAAAGAAAAACCAUUUAAAACCUGGGUGUAUCCGUGCUGUUCUGUUGACAGAUGAUAGAACUUAGGUUCACAUCCAACUUAAAGGUGAAGAGUGUAAAACCUGGGACAUUGUGUGUAUGGGCAGUCAGUAACCACUUGUCCUCUUACUCCUCAGUAAGUUUGAUAGCUUAUCAUCAUGCCUGCCUUGCUCACCUUGUUGAAUCAACCUAUGGAGCAGAGUGUGUGUUAAUGAAAUGUCACUGCAGAAGAGGUUUUUUGAGAAAAAUUAGUAUAUCAUGCAGAUGUAAUGAAAAAUGCAGUUUUAUUAUUGCUUGCGCCUCAGCUGUUUAAGUGAUAUUAAAGGGCUUGGAGAAAA